AUGGAGUGCUUCAAAGACGAACUCUCUGCCGUAUUCCAACACAGUUUUGAGGUUAGGGUCUCGCAUACCAAUAGACAGGACCAAUGGUAUAAACGGCGCCUCCAAAGCUGGAAAACGACGACAAAGAACCAAGGGCCAUUGAUUCUGAGCCCAACAGCAUCCAAAUCAGAAUGGGCACCAAAGGUCCUUAACUGCACAUCGCGUUUUGCAAAGCACAUCCGGUCAUCAGCAGCAGACGAGCUCGCACAGCCCCGCGACCAGUCGCUACCAACAAAGCUAUUCCCAGAUACUGUAUUUCAAGGCCAAUCUCUGAUGGCAGAGGUGCGAGAAGGACAUACCAGCCUACCACUUACACCUCUAGCACCUUCCAUGCAACGUAUUGACUUUUGGCUCGCGGACAAGAACAAUGGCGAGCGCGCUAGAGCGACAAAAGCAUUACUACAACUUGGAAUGCUUUCACCUCUGUUGAAGAUUACCGCAAAGCGAUCUUCCAAGAUGAAAGAAGCUGCAUUCAUUAGACACAGACUAUUGAGAUGCGAAGAUUGGCAUGAUGACGGCUGGCUCGCGAUAGCCGAUGAUGUUGCGCAAGUGGCCGUUUUUAUCGUUGCCAUGGCUGCAUACCCAGAAGCGCUGGCCAAAAACAAGGCUUAUGUUGAUUGGAUACCCCUUGGAAAAUUUAUUUCAAAUGAAACGCCCGUGGAACGAUUUAUGGCGCUCCAUAGCCACAGAGCAGACGACGGCAGUGGUAUGAAUCAAUUGCUAGACCAAUGUGUGACAACCAUGGUGCACGUCACAGCUCUCGGCACCGCGUCUGGACUUGAUGCUAUUGAUUGGGAAACAAAGCUAAAUGAAGCAGUCUUACUAUUUAUUGGCUUCGAGUCUUGGAACCGCGAGAGACAUGGACAGGGCUAUCUAGGGUCCAACCUCAACAAGCCGCGGCACGCCAGCUGGUUGACUCAAGGUGUCGAUGACGGAGAUGACAUCGUGGCCAGCUCUGACGAUAACGUGGUGAGGGGACCUGUGAAGCCUCGUGAUCCGUUACAUUUGCGACCUGAAAAGGCCAAGCCCCUGGAUGAUGAGAGUGCGGGCGCGAGCGAUUCAGACAAAGACGAACUGAGCAUUAUGGAAACAAAGGAGGCGGAUUAUGGAAAGAAACGAAGCACAAAAUACCAAACGCGACAGAACAAGCGACGGAUGCCCUAG